AAUAAAGAGGUAAACAAAGCAGGAGAGUGUUUUCCCCAGCUCUGGUUGUGCCAGCCCACGUGCCCACAGCCGUGUCAUUGUCCUUGUCUCUCCCACAGGCAGGACACCAGCGAGAUGUUUGCUGUCUGCCCGGCCAACGGCUCAUUCCGGCAGGGCCAGGGGGCCCCAGCGCUGGGCACGGCCAUCCCAGGGGCAGGACAUGGGCCAGAUUCCAACUCCAACUUCGUGGGAGAGGUGUGUGACAGCAACGAGAACUGGAGCCAGCCAGCGCCGGGGUCCCCGCCGGAGGAGAGCUCCAGCCCGAGCGAAAACACCGCAAAUCCGUCCGAUAAUCUGCUGUUAUUAAUGCAGAGACAGAUGGUCCAGGGCCGGCUUAGGGACGCCGCCCCGGGCCUGGGCGACGUGCACCCCGAGCAGGGGGUGCGCAGCCCCCCCGAGGGAGCGGAGGUCGGCGGGGAGGGGGGAMAAAGCACUGCUGAGGAGGCGUUUGGGGGAUGCACCAAAACCCCGAGCUCCCCUGCCGAGGACAACGGCUACGCCAGCAGCUCCCUGAGCAUCGACAGCCCCGACAGCACCUGCAGCACCACCUGGGACCCUCCUGCCUCUGCCCCCCGAGCYGGGAGCCCCCCAGAACCACAGGCGGCCGAGCCCGAGGUGGAGACUCUCUUCCCAGAGCUGGCGGAGGCCGUGCAGCACCUCCAGGACAAGGAGCGCUUCAAGGAGCGGGAGAAGGAGAAGCACCACAUCCAGCUGGUGAUGUACCGGCGCCUGGCCCUGCUGCGCUGGAUCCACGGCCUCCAGCAGAGAGUGGUGGACCAGCAGAACCGCUUGCAGGAGAGCUUUGACACCAUCCUGGAUAACCGCAAGGAGCUCAUCCGCUGCAUGCAGCAGGGUCCCGCCUGCCUCGCCACCGCGGCUGCCCCYGGUCCCUGAGGUGCCACUGGCACUGCCCAGCCCAGCCCACACCUUCUGGACAGUGUGGCAUUAGCUGGUGGCAUCUCCAUCCUGUACCAAGCGCUCUCCGAGCCUUUGGGUGCCCACCCUGCCCUUCCCAUCUCUCUCCAAUGCACCCAAGAGUCCCCAAAGUGCUCAUCUCCAUGAUCCCUCUGCACUGGAAUUUGUUUUGUSCUGCACCCCGGUCUGGGGUGGCGCUGGGCUGGGUCGACCUCAGGACCUUGGGGUUUGCUGAGCCCAGGGUGACCAGGCUCAUCUUUAAACUGAAUCUAGUCCWUUGUUGAGCCUGGCUGAGCCACACCAGUGCCAGGAUGGCCAUGCUGGAGCCGCAGGGCAGUGAAGCUUCUAAAAUUUCCCUGGGCAAAGCACUUCCAGCAUGUGCUCCCCWCAUCCCUAAYCCUAACCCUAACCCCGACUGGUGUGUCCCUGCAGCCACAGCCCAGCCACCAGUAAAUGUUGCUUUGUGCUGAGAGUGAGAUGUCCUGGGCUGUGACACAGAAAAAAAAUCAUUCUGGGACAUGACCCCAGAAUGCUGAAAACAAAAUUUAAACUAAAUUUAUGUCAAGCGAUCCAACGCCAAUAUAUGUUUUUAAUGUCAGUAUUAGAGAAGGGUUAGUUUAGGUUUAUGUGUGUUUGCACGUCUGUCURUUGUAGGCGAUGCUCUCACUCAGUGCAUGAUCCCAAAGCUGCUCAUGAACUUGUGGUGUUGGUGUUUACAUUAUUUUAUCAUUUGAGMGCAAAGGAUAUUUUUUUCUAAUGUGCAUUUUAGCCAGCAAGAGCUGUACACAGAACCCAAAGGACAAUUGUCUUUACUGGAGAUGAAGAGGAGCUGCUGUGUGUGUUUGCUGUGCUUUGCUGUGUAUCCAUAGGACACGUGUUCCAUKUAAAUGCUGAUGUGGAGGAGCAGCAGUGGGCAGUGAGGGCUGGGCCAGAGGGGUCUGCACUCCCUCCCCUGCCCCAAUUGCCAAGGAAAGCCAGGCACUAAUUCCAUUUCUCRUCUGCAAAAGGAGGGUGAUGAGGAAUUCCAGAGCUGCUGUGUCCUCACAGCCAAACUGCUCUGUGCUGUCGGAGGAUCCCCUUCACCAGGGCCCUGGGGAGCAGCUCAGAUCCUGGCAGCCACCACCCACCAGAUGGGUAUGGAUCAAAAACCAUGGCCAAGCCCACCAGUGACCCACGGGGCAGGGGCAGCACCAACCUCCUGCCACCCCACAUGGGGCACACAGGGCACUGCUCCCCCUGGGGCUGCUGCUGGCAGGGGAGCUGAGGAGAUCCACAAGAAUCUUCUUCCAAAAAGGACAUUUUGGUGGCACGGGGUGCACUCAGCUCAAAGUCAGCACUGGAGGAUUCCAGCAGCUUUCCCACAAGGCUCACAGCACCCUCACCACCCUCCUGCUCGCUCRCGUCCAGCGCCUGCUGCCUCUGUCAUACCCCACACCCGUGAUCGUGGGCAUGUUGCACACCUUAAUAAAAGCCUUGGAGCUGAAGGAGCCGAGCCCCAGUUCCUUUUAU